AUGUAUCAACCAAAAACAUCUCAAAUCAUUUUCGUCCUCGCAUUUUUGAUCGGACUCGUGUCGCAAGUUUCAGCUCAUGGUAUUUUGCUUACUCCACCGAUCAGACUCGCACAUGAUGAUGAUAAUGCCAACAAAAUCCUUCAGGCCGUCAACCCAACUACUCAAAUGCCUUGUGGUGCUGGAGGUGAUGGCUAUGGCCCAGUCACAAAAUUCAAACCUGGUGAUAGCAUGUAUAUCGCAUACAAUGUCUCCAUUCCUCAUCCUGGACCCUGUAAAAUUGAAUUUUCCAAGAAAAAUGAUAAACACUUCAAGACUAUCAUGGAAUUAGGCGAAUGUGGUAGCGCUGUUGGUCUAGUAUCUGCAUUUGUUGAUUUACCACAUGAACCCUGUGACGAAUGCACCGUGAGAUUCAGUUGGAAUGAUGAUCUUGGAAACUGGUACUUGAAUUGCGCCAAUGUCCAAAUUGAGGAUCCUAUGCCCAUGCACAAACGCAGUGUUCGAAGACUCAGUACUAGAAAAUCGAGAAGAAAUUUAUAA